GCCAAACUUUAUCUGCAAAAUCCAACUCUGGAUAGGCAAGGAUACCGUCAGUUUUGGAAAUGAUGUUAUAUACUGUAGUUGAAAGAUUUUGCGUCCAAGAUACUAAUGCCUUUGUCCCUUUUCUGAGGUUUAAUUUGCAUUCAUUUAUACAUUAUACAUUAUAUAGAGUUCCCAAAUAGGUAAUGAGGGCCACUUGUCUCCAAUAUGUGUGUGUAAUCUUAUAAAUCUUAAAAUCUGGUAUGCUUAGUCUCAUAGAACCCCACAAUCCUCUGUGCCUUUUUGUUAGAAAUCUCCACCAUUUGCUCUCUGAUGAGAUGGAGGAAGAGUAGAAAUAGGUGAAUUAUGCUGUGUGUUUGGUGUCUGGACAGCCUUGCCACCAAGACAUCUGCUGUGAGGGCAGGAAAUCUGCUGUCACAGGUGGAGGAAAAAAAAAAUUCCCUUUUUCCUUUGGCCCUUGCAAGAUUUUAAUAAAGUGAGUGAGCAGGCUGGGUACUGUGACUCAUGCCUAUAAUCCCAGCCCUUUGGGAGGCUGAGGUGGGUGGAUCACCUGAGGUCAGGAGUUCGAGACCAGCCUUGCCAACAUGGCAAAACCCUGUCUCUACUAAAAAUAACAAAAAUUAGCGAGGCGUGGUGGUGGGCACCUAUAAUCCCAGCUACUUGGGAGACUGAAGCAGGAGAAUAGCUUGAAGCCAGGAGGUGGAGGUUGCAGUGAGCUGAGAUCACGCCAUUGCACUCUAGCCUGGGCAAUAGAGCAAGACUCCAUCUCAAAAAUAAAUAAAAAAGCAUUGCUUUUGUUGUUUGGUUUUUAUUUGUAAGGUUUUCCUGGUUUAUUACCUGUUUGUUGGUGGUGGCAGCAGCCACUGGUUCUUUCAGGUUUAGAGAGAUUCAUAGUAGUGUCUAAUGAAUUAUACUUUCAAGAAUAUGAGUGCUGUUACUGCAAUCUUAUCCCACAGUCUUUUUUUUCUUAACUUGGAGAAUUUCAAAUACAUUCAGAAGUACAGAAAAUGUACAAUGAUUUUUUUUCCCAUAUACUCAUCAUCAGCUUCGAAUCAUUAUCAGUUCAUGGCCAAUCUUUUUGCAUCUAUACAUCCUUCACUCACCCUGGGUUAUUUUGAAGCAAACCUCAGGCAUCAAAUUACUUCAUCCAUAAAUAUUUCAGUCUAUAGCUUUAAGUGAUUUUUAAAAAAAAUCUAACCACAGGACCAUUAUCACAUCUAAAUAAAUGAAUAAUAACUCCUUAACAUCACAAAUACCCAGUGAUUGUUCAAAUUGCCCUCUCAUAAAUGUGUUUUAUAUUUUGUUCAGAUUAGGAUCUAAAUAUAAUCCAUACACUGUUGGUUGCAUCCUUGUAAUGCCAUGUCCCUCUGUUCUCGUAUAUCCUGUAAUUGAAUAGUUAAACAGAACUGUACUGUCCAAUAUAGUAGCCACAUUUGGCUUUUGAACACUUGAAAUGUGAUUUGAGUUGAGGUGUGCAGUUACAUAUGUGGAUCGCAUAUUUCUAUUGGAUAGUGCUGAUCUAGAGGCUUGAUCGUGUUUGGAUUGGAAUUUUCUGAAAGGAAUACUUCACAGACAUGAUGUAUACUUCCAUUCAGGAGUCACUAAUGUCUUGGCGCUUUUUGUGAUGCUAGUGGCCACUGAUAAGGCCUAGAUUCAUUCAUUCAUGGGGAGGGGAGUCAAAAAUUGUGAUAGUUGCAGGCCGGGUGCGGUGGCUGAUGCCUGUAAUCCCAGCACUUUGGGAGGCUGAGGCGGGCGGAUCACCAGGUCAGGAGGUCGAGACUAUCCUGGCCAACAUGGUGAAACCUCAUCUCUUAAAAAAAAAAAUAGUAAUAGUUUAAUUCUGUCAUUUUUUAAUUAUUACCUGGAAUACUUUUAAUUAAAAGAAAAACUCCACAGAAGCAUUUUGUUUUUAAAUAAAUUCAGUAAAUACAGAGAUUAGAAGCUAUGAGAGAAAGAGAUUAGUUCUUAAAUACUAAGGGUAUUUAUUUAGCCCAAGUGGCUGAGUUUAUGAUGUCAAAGAAUUUGCUGCUACCAGCCAACCAACUUAAUCGCUCUAAAUCCAUUCAUGCUCCUAUGCCCAUGUGACAUUUGUAACAAGAAGCUUAGGCUUAUACCAUCUGUUGUAGCUAUUCACUCAUACAUGCUUUGUCUGCAGGGAAGUCUCCUGGUAAUUAUAAGCACUGGCCCCAUCACCUUCUCCUUUCCAGCAGUUUGGGGCUCAGCUAAGUGACCACAUAGGAGAGCAGUGAGGCCAUUUGAGGCCUGAGCCUGGUGCUCAGGACUUGACUCUCUCUCCUUGCCAUCAAGCAGCUGCCCCAAUCCUGCCAGGCAUCUCCACACUCCUCUGACAGAAUGAAUGCCCUCGAUGGUGUUCUCUUCAAGUUGCCCAAGGACUUUGUGAUAGGUACAGAGCCUCUCCCUGCACCAGAACUCAGCGUCCCGGCCUGCAGGGAGCUUUUGCUGGGUUCUAUGCACGACUUCAGUCUGGAGAGGAGGGCACUCUUCUGGGUGGAGGCCGCCAGCCGGGGACCCAGCCCGUACCAGUGCGGUGACCCGGGGACAGCGUCAGCCCCUCCAGCCUGGCUCUUGCUGGUCAGCCCCGAACAUGUGCUGGCGCCUGUGCCAGCAGCCAUCAGAGACCCGGAGGCCGGACCCCAAGAGAGGCCGAAGGAGGAGGGCGAGGAUGAGGAAGAAGCCUCCUCUGGCAGCGAGGAAGACCCGGGCCCCUGCAGCCUCCCGGCAAGCCCCGUCCCGGGUCGUCGCCUGUGCUCGCUGGACCUGCUGCGUGGCGUGCGGUCGGAGCUGGCGGGGGCGCGGCGACGGCUCUCCGAGGGGAAGCUCGCCGCCCGGCCCCGCGCCCUCCUGCACGGCCUCCGCGGCCACCGCGCGCUGAGCGUGUCAUCCAGACCCGCGUCACCCCUGGGGCCCGCGUCACCCCCGGGGCCCGCGUCACCCCUGGGACCCGCGGCCCAGCCCACCGCUGCCCCCGCGUCGCCCCCGCGGCCCUCCACGGCCGGUGCCAUCCCUCCGCUGCGGAGCCACAAGCCCACGGUCGCGUCCCUCAGCCCGUACACCUGUCUGCCACCUCUUGGGGGGGCACCCCAGCCUCUCAACUCCCACAAAUCACACCCUGAUACUGAGGCUGACCUGCUGUCCGCCCUGAGCCAGGAGGAGCAAGACCUCAUUGGGCCAGUGGUUGCCCUGGGAUAUCCCCUGCAAAGGGCCAUCAUCGCUCUGCAGAAGACAGGGAGGCAGAGCCUAAGCCAGUUUCUCAGCUACCUCAGCGCCUGUGACCGCCUGCUACGCCAGGGCUAUGAGGAAGGCCUGGUGGACGAGGCCAUGGAGAUGUUCCAGUUCUCUGAGAGCCAGGCUGGGGAGUUCCUGCGCCUCUGGGAGCAGUUCAGUGACAUGGGCUUCCAGCAGGACCGAAUCAAGGAGGUGCUGCUGGUCCAUGGCAACCGCCGAGAGCAAGCCCUGGAGGAGCUGGUAGCCUGUGCCCAGUGACCACGGGGGCACUCCACGAUGCCUGGGCGUCCAGGUCCAGGGCCCGAGCUGACAACCCAUCCUAACUGUGUUAUUAAAACCAAAAUAAGGGCUGGGCGCGGUGGCUCAAGCCUGUAAUCCCAGCACUUUGGGAGGCCGAGGCGGGUGGAUCACAAGGUCAAGAGAUCGAGACCAUCCUGGUCAACAUGGUGAAACCCCGUCUCUACUAAAAAUACAAAAAAUCAGCUGGGCAUGGUAGCGUGUGCCUGUAAUCCCAGCUACUCGGGAGGCUGAGGCAGGAGAAUUGCCUGAACCCAGGAGGCGGAGGUUGCGGUGAGCUGAGAUCGCGACAUUGCAUUCCAGCCUGGGUAACAAGAGUGAAACUCCGUCUCAAAAAAUAAAUAAAUAAAAUAAAACCAAAAUAAGAGUAACAAAA